AUGGCGUCCGACUCUGAUUCCAGCGCCGCGGAAGGGGUCAACUCAACCACCACAAAGAAGGUGUCGAAUCGCCGCCAGCCCACAGAUGGCUCUAACAAGAAUGCCCAUUUGCCAAUGCAACCAGGGCCUAGUAACAACAUCAAGCCAGCCACUGGCCAAGGGGAGAGACAGAAACUUCUAAGACGCCAACCCGAGACGGUGCCCCCCGAUCCCUCUGCUAUUAUCGCGGGUGUUCGAAAAUGCAACUGGGAAAAUUUCGUCAACCGGUUCUCCAAGUCAGAGCCAGUCUAUGCUGUUGACGCCCUCGUAGCGGGUGACCAGCUGGGCAAAGAGAUGCUUGACGAGGCCUUCAAGCGCAAGAAUUCCGGCUAUUUUGAAGCUGCCGAUUAUGCGAACCAAGGCAAGGUCAGCAGAAUCUACACAAACUCCACGUGGAUUCAGAGAAUCAGAAUCCAGUCCCCCGUCCUGCUGGAGAUCUUCACCCGCGUCACCGGCUACGUAUGGGGCUCCCAGUCCUACACUUUCAUGAGACCUUUCCAGUAUCUCCAUUAUUUCCAUGACAAGUUCAAGGAAGAGCUCCGGCGGUUGGAGGCGGAGGCUGAGGCCGGAGGAACCAACUGUGACCGCUCGUCCGACUCCUCUGCCGUCAAGAUCGCUCACCAGCACCUGAGAGCCUAUAUCGGCUUUGCCGAGGCGGAACUGCGGCCAGACUAUGAACAGUUCCAUACCCCCAUGUCCAUGUCCAUGUCCAUGUCCAUGUCCACAUCCACAGACGAACCCGGCAAGUCUCCUCCCUCUAGAGUACGGUAUGACGACCUCUGGUAUCUUUUCCGACCCGGCGAUCUGGUCUACCUGUCGGACAAGGCCAGCAAGCGGCUGGUGCAGAACUGGAUCCGUUCCUCCAAGUCGCCCAUCACCUGGAACCCCAACGUGUCGCACCAGUCGAUCAUGCGACAGAAGAUAUGGAGGCUUCACGAGAUAGUCGUACCGUAUGCGGCGCCCACCGCACAGGUCGACCAUGAAGCCGAGAAGACGGACUUCGAGGCCACCAUGUACUAUUUGGACUACGACGGCGUGAGCUACGGCUCCGUCUCUGCCGAGUUCCGCAUACCCCAGUUUGAAAACGAGAAGGACAUCCGCGACCUCGAAUUCUAUCCGAUUCGGUACGCGCCCAAGGCCGAGAAGCUUCUGGAAGAGCGCAAGGCCAUCGGCAGCAUGUUUACCAAGUGCGUCUCCCAGUGGCACAUGUCGUACGAUGGUAUCACCCUGGUGACGGAUCCCAUCGGAUAUCCCGUCCACGAUAGGAACGCCCGCGGCGCCUAUAACCACCAUGCUCAGCCCAAGCACAUCAAUGGGGAUGUCAUCGUCGAUUUCGAUCAAGCCUUCAACUGGGAUCCUACCCUCAAGAACAUCUUCGACGAGCCGGACAUGUGGGACAGUAGGACCGGCCUGAGCAAGACCAGCACGGGUCAAGACCUCAUUACCGUCUGGACGGACGAAAAACGCACCAAGCUCGUAUCGGUGGGCUACGAGGUCAUCGUAAACGGCGACGACAUCGAAGCGCUCCAAGGCCACAGCUACCUGGAGCAGGACAGGUACUUGGGCCCAAGCAAGGACAAAAGCCACGUCCCGGACGGCGAGGACCUGGCUUUGCUCCCCCGCCGCGUCUUCGUCUACUCACUCAAGGAGGGCCGGUUUGCCCCCGUCGACGUUCGGUACAUGAAGCCCAUCGACCACCAACGCGACGGCUUCAGUCACAUCCAGCUCUCCGACGGCCACAAGCGGACCAUUCGGAGCGCUGUCCAGUCACAUCUGAGGAGGAAGGCCAUUGAGAGGACGAUCGAGAAGCAGAGCCACAACGCCCACGGGACGGUCAUUACGCAGGAUUUCAUCCGCGGCAAAGGCAAGGGCCUCAUUCUGAUGCUCCACGGCGAACCGGGCGUCGGGAAGACGGCCACGGCCGAAGCCGUUGCUCAGACCUUCAAGAGGCCUCUUUUCUCCAUCUCGUGCGGGAACCUGAAUGGAAUAUGGAGCGCCGAGGUACGGCUGGAAGAGGUGUUUCGGCUGGCAGAUCUAUGGGACGCCAUCCUCCUGCUAGACGAGGCCGACGUGUUCCUCUCCGCGCGCUCCCCGACAGACAAUCUGGAACGGAACGGUCUGGUAUCAAUCUUCCUGCAAAAGCUGGAGUAUUAUAACGGCAUCCUCUUCCUCACCACCAACCGCAUUGGCAAAAUCGACCAAGCCAUCUCGUCACGGAUUCAUCUCAUACUGCAUUAUAAGCGGCUCGGCAAGCCUGAGGUUCUGAACGUCUUCCGCAUCAACAUCGACCGGCUCCGGCAAGCCGAAAAACAGCAGAGCGAAGUAAGCGGACAGAGACCGCUGCUCCCCGUGGAAAGCGACAUCCUCCAGUUUGCCGCGGACCACUGCGACGCCCACCCCAAGGGCAAGGGCGCCUGGAACGGCCGGCAGAUCCGAAACGCCUUCAUGAUCGCGGCGGCCAUGGCACGAGACGAGGCGGAGCAGCAACCGCCCGAGUUCCAGCCGCAGCUGCGGUACUGGCACUUCAAGCAGGUCGAAAAGCUGAUGGGGGAGUACACGAGGUUCCGGUCCCGCGUCCUGGGGAAGGACGACUCCCAGCGCGCGCUGCUCAACGAAGAGCGCGACGACGACUACGAGGAGGAGGAGAAUGCGGAGGAAAGAACGACGCCCCAUCGUCCUGUGCAUGUGCAUGUUGGUGGUGGUCAUCGAGGCUCGUCGCCUGACGCGAGGGCGAGGGCGAGGGCGAGGCCGCGGAUCUCGUUUUCGGGCGGUUCACCUCACGCACCGCACCUCACGUACCAAGCGGCUCACAUGCACGAGCAAGCGCACCUCCAGGUGCACUACGGAGGUGAAAUGGCAGGCCGGCAGCCCGCUGCACCGGAACGUGCGGACUCCCCCGGUUACUCGCCGUUCCCGUCGACCCCUCAAGCUACCUUCGCCCCUAGCUACGGCUACGGCCAGCCCUCUUCGGUCUCUCCUCAUCCUCCUCCACCGUCCUCACAUGCACAGCAGUUUCUUUGA